AUGGACUUUGGAGUCGAAGCGUGCGACAACUUCUUUCAGCACAGCUGCGGCGGCUGGAUCGAAGCGUCGCCAAUUCCUGCGGACCAGAGCUCUUGGAGCGUGCUGGGGAUGAUGGGAGAGCGGAACACGCGGCGCCUGCGCACCAUCCUGGAGGAGGUGCGGACCAACAGCUCUGCUCGACCGGAGCAGAUGACCUCGAGCCAGCGGCUGGGCAUCGUGUACGAUUCUUGCUUGGCCCCCGAGUGGGCAGACGACGGCUUGUUGCCGCUGCAAAGGUUGUUCGAACUGGUCGAUGGGAUGUCUUCCAUUGAGGAGGUUUUCAGCACCAUCGCGACGCUCACUUUGGCGGGGCACAUGGUGCUGAUCGGCGGCGCUGUGGGCGCCGACAUUGGCAACCCGAACAAAAACAUCUUUUCUGUCUGGCAGGGGUCCGGCGGCCUCCCCGACGCGAGCUACUACCUCAAGAACGACAGCGAGUCGAGGGAGCUGCGGCAGGCGUAUCGCGACCACGUGGCGACGAUGCUGGAUCUGCUCUCGAUGCCGGAUCCUGAGGUGGCUGCAGAGCAUGUGCUGCGCCUGGAGACGAGGCUCGCACAGAUCAGCAUGCCAGCCGAGCUGCUCCGCGAUCCUGACGCGACCUACAACAAGCUCGACCUGACAGGGCUGGAGGAGCUCUCGCCUGAGCUGCCCUGGGACAGGUACCUGCAAGUGCUGAGCGACGCGCGCUUCUGCGACCCCGCAUGGAAGAUUGGCCGCGACGCGGCGUGCCUCCCCCCCGCCUUCGGCCGAGCCUCCUCCCCGCUCUGCUCCGCUGGUGAUUGCGCCACGCUUGAGGAGAUCGAUGUGAGCACGCCAGAGUUCUUCGAGAAGCUGCAGGCGGUGCUGCGCGACACACCGCUCGAACACAUCAAGAGCCUCUUCCGCUGGCGCCUGGUGGUCGCGGCAGUCACUGGAGCAGCGAACGGCACGUCCAUAGUAAGCGGCAUGCUGAGCGAGGAGCUCGGAAAAGCGAUGGACUUGGUGACUAAAGUGGAGGCUGCUUUCGACGCCACCCUGCCCGAGGAGGAGUGGAUGGAUGACAGCAGCCGCGCGGCCGCCUUCGAGAAGGUGGCCGCUGUGCAAAACUUGAUUGGACAUCCGUCCGAGUGGACCGACUACGGCGACCUCCUCCUAGCCCCGAGCAAACUCGUCACCAACGUGAUGCAGAUCCGAACGUGGGGCGCGUGCAGAAGCAUGCGUGAGUACGGGCAGCCGGUUGACAAGGACACGUGGUCGAUGGGGCCGCAGACCGUAAACGCCUACUACUCGCCGCCACGCAACCAGAUGGUCUUUCCCGCCGCCAUCCUGCAGGAGCCGAUGUUCGACCCAGGGAGGUUGGCAGCACAGAACUUUGGCGCAAUCGGCAUGGGGCGCAAGUUCGACGCGCAGGGCCGCAUGUCGCCAUGGUGGAGCGAGUCUACUGUCAAGAACUUCGAGCAGCGCGCCAAACAGGUAAAGGACCUCUACGGCUCGAUCGAGGUUCAGCCCGGCGUCAAGCUUAACGGCGACCUGACGCUGGGCGAGAAUCUUGCCGACAUGGGCGGGCUGAAGAUGGCGUUCCGCGCAUUCCUCCGGGAGCUAGACGAGACCGGAGUCCACCCGGACGACACUGCUGGGCACCAUCUCACCCACCGCCAGCUCUUCUUCACCGCCUUUGCCCAAGUGCUCACGGACCCGCAUUCGCUGCCGCGAGCCCGAGUCAACACGCCCCUCGCCAAUUUCGCGCCGUUCAGCGAGGCGUUCCACUGCGAAGCCGGGUCCGAGAUGAACCCAGAGGCCAAGGUAUCAGUUUUCCGCCGCGGUAUCGGCGGGCCGCCGCGCAACAUUCCGUUUCGUGGACUAGAGUCGUACCUAGGUUUGGGGCAGCGCGAGUGGGAGAACUUUUCGGCGGUCGUGGAGGUCGUGGAGGUCGUUGAGUGGCGAGUCACGCUCGUGCGGACAGCAUCGAUGCCGUCGCCGGACGCGGCGGCGAGGCACACGGGCGCCGGCGUGGCGCGUCGGCAGGCCCACCACGAGCGGAUGCGCGACGAGCGCGCUCGGGAAGCGGCCGCGGGCGAGGCGGAGCUUCCGCCGGAGGACGACGCGGUCGAGAUGGCGAGCGCCGUCCACGUGCUGGACAGCGUGGGGGAGGUGGGCCCGAACUACACCCUGCUGCGCAGCAAGGAGACGAAGGCGAAGCGACGGAAGCGAAAGCGCGAGGAUGCCAGGGCGGCGCUCGACGGCCACACUGUCCUGUCCACCGGAUCGCGCCUCGAGAUCUUCUGCGACAGCGAGCGGUGGUACCCUGCGACCGUCAUGGCGCGGGAGGAGGACGGGGACGGACGGAUCGUGCACGAGGUCGAGUACGACGGCUACCCGGAUCGGCGGUGGUGGCACAUGCUGGACGACGAGCGGAAACACGGCGAGAGGAAACCAUAA